AUGAGUGAAGCACAUGAGACAGUCAAACCUCCCAAGGGUCAUUUCUACCUAGCAGGAAGAUUAUUUCCUCGCGUGAAAUGGUGGAAACAACGCAAUAUGCGAAUCCUGUACUUCUACAUUCUAGUUCUAAUCGCCACUAAUACAGCAAAUGGAUUUGACAACUCGAUGAUGAAUGGAUUGCAGGCAUUGUCCUACUGGCAGGACUAUUUCGACCACCCCAAAGGUCCAACGCUGGGUUUGUUCAACUGCGUUAUGAGUGUUGGUGCAUUGGCCGGGUUAGUGAUUUUACCUUAUAUGCUUGAUCAUCUGGGCCGUAGGAUUUGCCUGGUCUUCGGCUCAUUUUUUAUGUUACUUGGCGUGGCUCUGCAGUCAGGUUCUAUCAACUUUUCCAUGUUUGUCGGCGCUCGAUUUCUUCUUGGAUUUGGAGAUAUCAUUGUCAUUUGCACCGCUCCGCUGCUUAUCACAGAGAUUGCUCCGGCCCAAGACAGGGCAAUUUUGGUCACUAUAUCUGGCGCGACAUACCACUCGGGGGCUUUUAUUGCAGCAUGGACGACAUAUGGAACGCUCAAAAUCAAAAGCGAUUGGUCUUGGAGAGCACCAAGCUUGAUCCAAGCGUUGUUCACUUUAAUUAUGCUGGCAGUUGUCUGGUGGAUCCCGGAGAGCCCGCGGUAUUAUGUAUCUAAAGACCAACCGGAAAAAGCCCUGGCAAUGCUGGCUUAUUAUCAUGCUGAGGGGAAUGAGAGCGAUGAGGUCGUUCAGCUGGAGUUCACGGAAAUCACAACUGCGAUCGCGAUGGAGAAGAAUGCGGAUCAUUCGGGCUCCUACGUGGAUUUUUUGCGAACUCCUGGAAAUCGUAAAAGACUCCUUCUCAUUAUCUCUCUUGGAUUUUUUGCCCAGUGGUCAGGCAAUGGCUUGGUAUCGUACUAUUUGAACCUCAUCAUGGAUAGCAUCGGAAUCACAGACCCAAACCGGCAAUUGUUAAUCAAUGGGGCCUUGACUUCUUUCAAUCUCGCCACCAAUCUAUUCUUCAGCUUUUUUGUCGACAAAUGGGGACGCCGGCCAAUCAUGAUAGUCAGCUCGGCUGGAAUGAUGGUAGCUUUCGUGGUAUGGACAAUCCUGUCAGCAAAGUAUUACAACCAUGCGAGCUCAGCACUUGGGUCCGGAGUUCUGGGGAUGAUUUUCAUCUACUAUCUAUUCUACAACCUGAAGUCCGGUUUGAUCGCAAGUUAUACCACAGAGAUUCUUCCGUAUUCAAUGCGUGCCAAAGGAUAUACAAUCAUGGAAUUUGCCAUGUAUAUUGCGCUGUUCUUCAAUCAGUAUGUCAAUCCAAUCGCACUCGACAAUAUACACUGGCGUUACUACAUCUUCUAUUGCUGCUUCUUGGCGGUGGAAGUCGUGGUCAUCUAUUUCUUUUAUGUGGAGACGCGUUAUAUGCCUUUGGAAGAGAUAACCAAAAUUUUCGAUGGGGAAGACAUCGCGACAGCUACGAAUCUGGAGAUGGAAAAGAUUGGAGAGAACGGAAAAGGAAUGAGCACAGCUAUUCAUAUUGAGGAGACAAGUGUUUGA